UUAUCGCAAUUUUUCUUUCUGAAAGCAUUUGCUGAAAUACAACUAUGAGUUGUAGUACAAGUAAAGUUGUCAAAGACAGUCCCAGAAGCUCGUCAGAUUUGGCUGACGCUUUAGAGGAUUUAUCUGGACAGUAUUUUAUUACUGAUGUUUCUGCAAACUUGACAAAUAAAAAAUUUGCUCGAGACGUUGAUGGUGUUAUUGAAAGAGCACAGAAUGCUGGAGUAAAAAAAAUCAUUGUUUCUGGAACCAACAUUCAAUCAAGUAAAGAAGCUCUUCGUCUCACUCGCAUUUUUCCAGAUUAUAUAUAUUGUGCUGCUGGAAUUCAUCCCAAUGAAGCUAAAUCAUGGGAUGAUGAUAUUGAAGCAUCACUUAGAGGAAUUUUAUCUAAUCCAGAGUGUGUAGCUGUUGGCCAGUGUGGAUUAGAUUAUACAAAAAAAUUUUCUGAGCCAGCUGAACAAAAAGAAGUUUUAAAUAAACAGUUGAAAAUAGCUGCAGAGUUGAAAAUGCCAAUUUUAAUUUGUGAAAGAGAAGCACAUGAAGACUUAAUUGAGAUUUUAAAAAAUAAUAUCCAUAAUUUACCAGAAAUUAUCAUUCAUUCUUUUUGUGGAAAAAUUAAUGAACUGAACACUUAUUUAUCAUUUGGCUGCUAUAUUGGUCUUACUGGAUCUAUUUGGAAGGAUAAAUCUGAGGAUGGUUUGAAAAAGAUUUUAGAAGAUCAAAUGAUUCCUUUAGAUCGUCUUUUGAUAGAAAGUGACUCUCCAUAUAUGUAUCCUAACACUAGGGCAAGUCAUAUCCCUGCCAACAUAAAGGAAACGCUUACUGAAAAGUCAUUAAGCUUUCUGCAUAGGUAUUGCACUUUUCAAAGAAAUGAGCCAUGCUCCCUUCCAGUAACUGUUGAAUUGAUUGCUGCCAAUUACAAAACAAAGCCAGAUGAAAUUGCUUUACAAACUACAUUUUGUGCUAUGAAACUGUUUGGAUUGAAUUAAUUCAAAUUAAUGAAGAUGUAUGUUUUAUUUUCGUAGUAUAUAUAUUCACAUAUAUAUUGAAAGGGAAUGUAUAUUUAAACUAUUGAAAACGAAUUAGUAGUUAUCAAUUAUUUAAAUUUUUAUGGAUGCCUGUAAUAAUAGACAAUUAGCUAUUUGUAAUAUUAUUAAGAUACAUUUUGCUAGCUAGAAUUAUAUUUAUUAACAUAGAUAGCUUUUAUAUGCAAUUUUUAAAAAAAAUUAUCAUAUUUUAUGAAUGAAUUUUUAGCAGUUAUUUUUUAUUUUGAAUCACUUUACUACCAUGCAUAAAUAUAAAAUAAA